UCAUUCCAUAUAAGAUUCGUUUCCAGAGUAGAUUAGCUUCCAAUCUGUUAAUAUCCUUCAUACUCCUCAUACCAUAACAAAAAAAAUCUUACUGAAACACGAGCAAAAUGCAUUUGAUCCUCACAGGGGCAACGGGUCUUGUAGGAUCUGGCGUCUUAGAUGCCAUGAUCAAGAUGAAAGACGUCACAAAAAUCUCAAUCCUGAGUCGACGGCCUGUACCAAUGGCAGAGGAUGCUAAAGACCCUCGAAUCAAUGUCAUUAUUCACAACGACUUCGCCAAAUACGACAAGAGUAUUCUUGAUCAACUCAGGGGCGCACGAGGUUGUGUCUGGGCAUUGGGCAUCAGUCAAACCCAAGUCAGCAAAGAGGACUACGUCAAAAUCACCAAAGACUACGCACUAGCCGCAGGCGAAGCCUUCUCAGACCUGGCCCGCGAGAACGAGCCCUUCAACUUCGUCUACGUCUCCGGCCACGGCGCAACACAAGAGCCCGGCCGUUUCUCAGCCAUAUUCGCCCGCGUCAAGGGCGAGACGGAGAUCGCGCUCGCCGAACUACGCAAGAAACACCCCUUUCUACACACCAGCUCCGCCCGCCCGGCCGUGGUCGAUGCGAGCGCCCAUGAGGCGAUACAGCCGUAUAUUCCCACGCGACCGCUCGCGUACCGCAUGCUCGCUCCUGUCCUACUCAAGCCUGUCCAGGUCGGACUGCCCAGUCUUCACAGCCCUACGCAGCCGCUUGGCCGGUUCCUUACUGAGAUGGCUAUGGGUAAGCAUGCGGUUGGUCCUGCUCAGGAUAUCGCCAUGAUUGGCGAGUUGCCUAUAUAUGAGAAUUCCGCUAUUAGACGGCUGAUUGGGUUGGAUUUAAAGUGAGGUGCAAGAGUCUUUCUUUUCUAUCCCUCUUGUUCUCUCUUACGAAAGGGCAUAUAUUUGUAAGUAUGUAUGUACUGGAUAGGAUCUGGCGUUCACCCACCUAGAGACACGGUGACCUUUGUAUGAUAGGUUUUGUUCGGAUUAGCGUC